UGUCCAGCCACCCCCACUGGCCAGUCCCGCUCCCGGCCGCGGCGGCCGCAACAGCCGCAGCAGCAGCAGCGGCGGCUCCAGCAUGGUGAGCGCCGCUGCCCCCCAGCCCCGGCCAGCAGCCCCCGGCCCGCGCCCGGGCCCCGGGGCCGGACGCCCCCCCAGGCCGCGCACGCUCAGCUAGGACCCGGCGGGAUGCCGAGCUCUGUUGAAGAUGCACUGGACACCGGAACACGCCCAGCCCCUCAGCCAGUGGCCAGAGCAGCACCUGGACGUCUCCUCCACUACCCCGUCGCCGGCCCACAAGUUGGAGCUGCCCCCCGGGGGCCGCCAGCGCUGCCACUACGCUUGGGCCCACGACGACAUCUCCGCGCUCACGGCCUCCAACCUGCUCAAGCGCUACGCGGAGAAGUACUCGGGGGUCCUGGACUCGCCCUACGAGCGCCCUGCCCUGGGCGGCUACGGCGACGCGGCCUUCCUCAACGGCGCCAAGGGGGACCCCGAGCCGUGGCCCGGGCCCGAGCCGCCCUACCCGCUGGCCGCGCUGCACGAGGGCCUCCCGGGCAGCAAGCCCACGAGCGGGGCCGGCUCGGGGGGCCUCGGGGGCUCCCCGGCGUUGGCGGGCGGCCUGCCUGAGCCCCUCUACGCGGGCAAUGCGUGCGGGGGCCCGUCGGCGGCGGCGGCGCCCGAGUACGCGGCGGGCUACGGCGGCGGGUACCUGACCCCCGGGUACUGCGCGCAGACGGGCGCCGCGCUCCUGCCGCCCCCGCCGCCGCCGCCCCGCCCCCCGCCGCCGCCGCCGGGCUACGGGGCCCCCGCGCCCCUCUACAACUACCCGGCGGGGGGCUACGGCGCGCAGCCCGGCUACGGGGCGCUGCCGCCGGCCCCCGCCGCGCCGCCCGCGCCCUACCUGCCGUCGGGGCUGGCGGCGCCCACGCCCCUGCCCGCGCCCGCGCCCGCGCCCGCGCCCUACGGCCUGCCCGAGGCCGCGGGCGCGUCGCUGAAGCGCAAGGCGGCCGACGAGGGCGCCGACGGCCGCCGCCGCAAGUGCGCCUACGAGCCGGGCCCCGGCGGCCCCAAGGACGAGCCGGCGGCCAAGUUCAAGGGCCUGGGCGCCCCCGCCUGCGGCGCGCCGCCGCUCGAGCCCUUCGACAAGUUCCCCGAGCGCGCCCCGACGGGCUUCGCGGGGCCCGCGGCGGGGGAGCCGCCCAAGGGCGCGGCGGACCCGGGCGCCCUGGAGCUGGUGGCCAGCCGCAUGCUGGACUGCGGGCCCCCCGUGCAGUGGGCGGACGUGGCGGGCCAGGGCGCGCUCAAGGCGGCCCUGGAGGAGGAGCUGGUGUGGCCCCUCCUGCGGCCGCCCGCCUACCCCGGCGGCCCGCGCCCCCCGCGCGCCGUGCUCUUCUUCGGCCCGCGGGGCGCCGGCAAGGCGCUGCUGGGCCGCUGCCUGGCCACGCAGCUGGGCGCCACGCUGCUGCGGCUCCGCGGGGCCGCGCUGGCCGCGCCGGGCGCCGUCGAGGGCGCGCGCCUGCUCCAGGCCGCCUUCGCCGCCGCGCGCUGCCGCCCGCCCGCCGUGCUCCUGCUCAGCGAGCUGGACGCGCUCUUCCCCGCGGCCCGCGACGACGGCGCGGCGGCCGUGCUGCAGGCGCCGCUGCUGGCCUGCCUGGACGGCGGCGGCGGCGGCGGCGCGGGGCCCGACGGCGUGCUGGUGGUGGGCACCACCUCGCGGCCCGCCGCGCUGGACGAGGCCACCCGCCGGCGCUUCGCGCUCCGCUUCUACGUGGCCCUGCCCGACGGCCCCGCGCGCGGCCAGAUCCUGCAGCGGGCGCUGGCCCAGCAGGGCUGCGCGCUGAGCGAGCGGGAGCUGGCGGCGCUGGUGCAGGGCACCCAGGGCCUGUCCGGGGCGCAGCUGGGGCAGCUGUGCCAGCAGGCGGCGGCCGGCGCGGGCCUCCCGCGGCUGCAGCGGCCCCUGGCCUACAAGGACCUGGAGGCGGCGCUGGCCCAGGUGGGCCCCAGGGCCUCCGCCAAGGACCUGGACUCCCUGGUGGAGUGGGACAAGAUGUACGGCUCCGGACACUGACGCCGCGGCC